UUAACUACGUGGCCCAUUUCAUUUUGGGGAAGAACAUUAAUAAAGAAGAUCUGAUUCCUCUUAUGAUUUCAUCGUCGUCUUCCCCAAAUUAGGGUUUUCUGGGAUUAGGUUAUUAAAUUAUGCGAGGCGGUGGUAGGAGAAGAUCGAACGGUGGUGGUGGUGGUUCUGGAAAAAGCAAAUCUAAAUCUCCGGGACAGAGCACGAGAACCAAUUUUAAUUCCCCGGCGGGGUCUUCCUCAGGCGGUCGUCGCCGACGUCAGAAUAAUACUACUCUGUUUGUAGAAGGAGGCAUUCUCUCCGAUUACCGAAGAGAUGCUGAUUUUUCGACGCCAUCUCGAGGAGGAAGCUCGUCGAGAAAGGGGUCGAAUCUUAGAAGCACAGAUCGUGUGAAUGCUUCUGCUUCCACCAGUGGUCCAAGGAAAUGCAGUGGUAAUGCUUUUGUGUAUCAGUAUCCUCCUGUCGAAUUUGAGGAAGGGUUGGACCGAAGAUCAGGCGUAGAAGUUGAUCAGAUGGAUGAUUCAAAUCCUAUAGUGUUGGGGAAGUCAGAGGGGACUCAGAUUGUUGCAUUUCUGGAUCAGACGCCUUCUUCUUCGAAAGGGACUAAGGUAAAUUAUGAUUACCUAUACGAACCGAGUUUUGUUUUAGGUGAUGAGUCUCAUAGAGGGUUGGGAUUUUGUGAUGAUUCUGAUGCUGGACCAAGUGGUAGCCUUUCUAUUCCAAAGGCAUCGGAAGAUCAAGGUGGUUCAUUUUCCCAUGAGGAGGAGGUUGAUACUGGUGCAAAUGAAGAUGAAGUGAUGCCUGACGUUGUGAAAACACCUAAAAGGAAUUUGGGUUUCAUUUCUAUUGGAGGGAUGAAAUUAUACACUGAAGAUAUAUCUGGUGAAGAGAGUGAUGGAGAAGAAGGGUCCAAUGAUGAUGAUGAUUCUGGAGAUGAAGGCAGCACUGGCUCUUCUGAAUCAUCUCAGAGUGACAGCUCGGAAGACAUGUUUGGAAGUAAUUCCGAGAUUGAUGAUGCUGUUGCAAAGGAUUACUUGGAAGGUAUUGGUGGCAGUGAGAUUAUGUUGGAUGCUCAUUGGUUGGCUGAACAAUCAUUGGAUAAAUUGGAUUUGUCAAGUUCUGAUAGUUCUUCAAGUGAUUCUUCUGAUCGAAAGACAAGAAAGUUGACGGGUAUUGGUCUGCAAAAAGCUUCGAUGGAAUAUGGUAAGAAGACGACGACAAGAAGCCGUUUCUCGGGGCAGGGUAAGUCUACUCAUCCAUUUACAAUGGAUGAUCUUAUGUUUGUGAAAGAUCCAAGAAGUCUUUCGGGGAAGAAGAAUAAGAAGAAAGAGGUGGCUAAGUUUCCCCAGUCUUGGCCUUCAGGGACACAAAAGAGCAAGAAGUCCCGUAAUUUUCCUGGUGAGAAGAAGAAACACCGCAAAGAAUACAUUGCUGUGAAGCGCCGUGAGAGAAUGUUGCAGCGUGGUGUUGACCUUACUGAUAUUAACUCUCAAUUAGAGAGUUUUGUUCUGGAAAAUGUGGACAUGCACUGUUUCCAGUGUAUGCAUAAUCGAGAUUGCUCUCAGGUAAGACGAUUAGCAGAUGUAUACCGCUUAUCAAGUAGUUGCAGUGGUUCUGGAAAGAAAAGCUUCGUGACAGUGACUCGAACAUAUCAGACAUGUAUGCCAUCUGCCAGCGAUAAACUUCGCAUCGCGAAGCUAAUAGGAGCAGGAUAUGAGGAUGAUGAUUUUGCUGUCGGUGGAGGGGUAAAAGGGAAAUCUGGAAGUUUAGAUAGGAAGAAAGCAAAAGACUCAGCCAAAAAGCGAACUACUAGAGAGGAACGGGAGAGAAACCAAAGCAACGGGAAGAAGAGUUCAUAUGCUGAUCAACCUGUAUCAUUUGUGUCAAGUGGCGUAAUCGAUUCUGAGAUAGCUGUUGCAAAUACCUCUGGUGCAAAAGAUGCAAAACAGGUAGCUGAAACUACUCCGGGAACCUCUAAUGGAGCAGACAUUGGAGCAUUCGAGGUACACACCAGAGGCUUUGGAUCCAAAAUGAUGGCGAAAAUGGGAUUCAUAGAUGGAGGUGGUCUAGGAAAGGAUGGUAAGGGGAUUUCACAGCCAAUAGAAGCUGUUCAACGUCCAAAAUCUCUUGGCUUAGGUUUGGAUUUCUCUAUUGACACUGAAGACACGAGUCCGUCAAGUAAUAACAACGCAAAACGGAACAGAUCUUCUUCCUCUGGCAAACAUGCAAAACACAUUUCCCAUGACAAUGGUGCCUCUAGUUCCGGAAGAAUUAGAGACAAAAGAUUAGGAGCCUUUGAGCAGCACACAACUGGUUUUGGGUCGAGGAUGAUGGCGAGAAUGGGUUUUGUCGAAGGCUCGGGUUUGGGAAGAGAGUCACAAGGCAUAGUCAAUCCGCUGGUCGCCGUCAGACGUCCCAGAGUACGUGGAAUAGGCGCUGAAGGCUAAUGAUUUGAAGUAUUUAACGUUCAAAGCUGGAACAAGAACCCGAAUAGAUUCAUAUCGUUUUAAGCAUGUUCUUCUUCAAUCUUCAACAUGUAGCCUACUAUGUUCAAUUAUGUUUAAGACUUUGGGAGCAGCAUUUGUUGUUAUCUUGACAUCAGUGUUGUUGAUUAAUAAAGCAUCCUUUACCCUCUA